CUGCCCUCUCCCUCUCCCGGCCUCAAACUCAAGUACCUGGCCAUCGGCCUCGGCAGCCAGAACUACACCUGCGCAUCCGCAGGCGCAUCCGCAAAGCCCACCUCCAUCGGAGCCGUCGCCACGCUCUACGAUGCGUCCUGCGCCCUCUCAUCGAACCAGGACCUGUUGCACGCUCUCCCCAACCUCGUGACUCGCGUCCCCAUGGAAGCCGUCGAACUCGUCGCUACCCUCGCCAGCUUGCUGAAUCCCAGUUCUCUGGGUGUUAUCAUGGGCGUGCAUUACUUUAGGGAUGCCUCGACCGCGUUCUUUGAUUUUCGUCCCAGUGGUGCGAAUGACUGGGUUGCGGCCAAGAAGGUCAAUAAUGCUACUGCUCCUGGGGGGUACCAUGUGCCUUGGUUGAAGCUGGAUAGCGUGGAGAGUAAUGGGAUUAAGGAGGUGUUCCGCGUUCAUACGAUCAAUGGCGCCGCGCCGGCUACUUGUCAGGGCUUUGAUGGUCCGUUCCAGAUAGGAUAUGCAGCUGAAUACUGGUUUUAUGGUUGA